AGAUGGCUAGAGACCAGGAGUAACAGCCAGAACUAAACCCGGCCCAUCAAUUAGUGAUACAGCGCAUGCGUUUACUCACGCGUGUGCGUCACAAUGCGCCGAGGGUUUGCACUUCAGUGCUUUUCAUUACAGUAGCAAUCGUGAAACCUCUGCAGACGAUGGAGUUCCCGUCAGGAGAUACGGAAGAGCAGACAAGACAGGCUCUCACUAACAUGGGAGCCAUCCUGGAAGAAGCCGGAUCCUCCUUCAAGAAUGUGGUGAAGGUGACAGUGUUACUGGACGAUAUAAACGACUUCACUCGCGUCAAUGAUGUCUACAAGACUUUUUUCACUGACAAGCAACCAGCAAGAGCAGCCUAUCAAGUUGCUAAUCUACCAAAGGCAGCGAAAGUGGAAAUUGAAGCCAUUGCUAUUGUCGGGGAAGUGCAGGACAUGUGAACAUUAACCUAUGCACUUAGCUGUGAAAAAGUCUACAUCAAAACUUUAACCAACGUUUUUAAGUUUAUGCAGAAGAAUAUCUUAGUCGUGAUUGACCAUUCAAACCCUUUGGACGCCAUGGGUAUCUGCUUAAAUAAGCAGAAAUUGAUGUAUAAAGUAUAGCGCCUAGUAUUAUAACCCCCAU